UUUGCACAGAACUCAUGUUGCCCAAUCCAUGACUGAUAUAAAAGUACCCUUGCACUGGACAGAAAGCAGUUUCUGUGAGCCUCAUCUAGAACAGCAGAAAUCCCAGUGUUGCACGGUCAAAAGAUGCAUCUGAUUCUGGUGUCCAGUCUUCUUCUUUUGGGGACAUCUCUGGCCAACGGACAUGAAACGGAUCCUGACGGACAAAUCCUGCAUUCUUUGGUUGAAAAAGUACACAAACUUGAAGAAAAAGUAGAGCACGUGUCAAAUGCCUUUUUUACAGUCCACAAAGCUCGGUCUUUUGGAAGUGGCAGUGAAAGGUUAUACGUGACUAACAAGCAAGAAAGGAACUUUGAAAUUCUCAACUUGACAUGUACCGAAGCCGGUGGCCAUAUUCCUUCUCCUCAACUAGAAAAUGAGAAUAAGGCCUUUGCAAGCGUUUUGGAAAGGCACGACAAAACAGCCUAUCUUGUCAUCCAGGAUUCACCAAAGUUCACCCACUGGGCUGAGGGAGAACCAAACAACGCUGAUGGAACCAAGGCAUGUGUGAUAGCAGAUAAACACGGAGAGUGGCACUCUGCAUCCUGUGAAGAAGUGCUCUUGGUCGUGUGUGAAUUUUCUUUUAUUGAAUGAGAACGAAGACUAGUGUGCUGUGCUAAGUAGAGGGGCUACCUAGAGCUAACACGCCGAAAUCAACUCUACCAACCAGGAGACUUUAAGAAGACCCCCACCCUUAUCUAUCACCUGGGAAUGCUGUGGGCAUAAAAAUGUAGAGCACCUAUGAAUGAUUCCAUUUGCAUUUUGAGUAUAUACAAUAUAUAUAUUCAAGAAUGGUAAAUAAAUGCAUGAAAUAAAUGUCACUUUCUCUG